CAGCACCUGCCUCAUCUACUCUUUUUUCUGGGCGUGGGCACCACAGCUGUGCUGGCCACUGUCGGAGCCGGCUUUCUUCCCCCAGCUAGAUCCAUCCUGCCACCCAUGGGGACGCUCCUGGCCAAGCUGCUCCUGCCCACCCUCAGCAGCCUGGCCCUCCUGCCCACCAUCAGUGUGGCCGCCAAACGCCGCUUCCACAUGGAGGCCAUGGUCUAUCUCUUCACCAUGUUCUUUCUGGCCCUCCACCAUGCUUGCGCUGGGCCCGGUCUGUCCAUGCUCUGCUUCCUGCGCCGAGACAUCCUGGAGUACUUCAGCAUCUACGGCACGGCACUGAGCGCAUGGGUAUCCCUCAUGGCACUGGCCGACUUUGACGAGCCCCAGAGGUCCACCUUGGUGAUGCUAGGCGUGUUGACCAUUGCCGUGCGGACCUACCACGACCGCCAGGGCUAUGGUGUGUACUCAGGCCCCAUCGGCACCGCCGUGCUCCUCAUCGCGGCCAAGUGGCUGCAGAAGAUGAAGGAGAAGAGGCGCCUCUACCCCGAUAGGAGCGUCUACACCCAGCAAGUAGGCCCUGGCCUCUGUUUUGGGGCUCUGGCCCUCAUGCUACGCUUCUUCUUCCAGGAGUGGGACUACACCUACGUCCACAGCUUCUACCACUGUGCCCUGGCCAUGGCCUUCGCCCUGCUGCUGCCCAAGGUCAACAAGAAGGCUGGCGAUGCGGGAGCCCCGGCCAAGCUGGACUUCUCGACCCUCUGUUGCACCUGUGUCUGAGGGUGCCUGCCCAGCCCUGCCCCACCCUCACCCAGUGCAUCUGGGCGCAGCAGUCUUUCACAUCCCCAGGGGCUCCAGACAUUGGCAUGGGGUCACCAUACCCAGGACACACACCUCUUAGUCCAGUCUCAGCCUAGCACCCCCCCCCACCCCAAGGGGCAUCUCAACCACCCCAGGGCCAUGUCUCCACCAGGCUCCACUGUUUUCUCAUGACAUCCAUUGUCACCACUUCCAUCCCCUUCUCUAGGCUGUGAAUGUCCCCACGGGGCCAGCUGUGCCCAGGCUGGGGCCUGCCUCGCACCCCACACCCCCACUUGAGACCUGGCCUCGUUAACAGUCAGGAGCGCCCUGCCACCCACCCACCACCUUUCCAGAACUUAAUUCAAGUCCCCAGGAGAGCAGUGCACCCUCCUGCCCACUCCUCAGCCAGGCACUGGUGCCCACAGUGGACAGGCAGACCCCAGCUCCGUGCUCAGGAGGCAGGCCCUACCCUGGCCCUCCACGUCCUCCAUGCUGCCUUGUGGCCCAGCGUCCAACCCUGGCAUGGACGUGGCUGGGGCAGUGCCCGGGAGCUGCAGCUCUGCUUAGGCCAGCGGGCAUCUGGCUCAGCAGGGGGCAGUGGGGAGGCCCUGUCUGUGACAGCUGAGGGGUGGCCAUGGCUCCCAGACGUCACCUCAGAGGCCCCGCUGCCUCCCCAGACUCUGCUCAUCCGUCUGCAGGAAGUCACCUACACCUGUCUGGGGCUUGUUUGUGUUUCCAGAUGGCCAUUGCAGUUGCAGCUGCCCAUGUCCAUUCCCCACCCAGCAGGGCGGCCGCCGAUCUGUCCUGAAGUUGCCUCCUGUGGUCCCCUCCCCAGGCCCACCCGAUUCUCAGCAGCUGCCCUGCCACCUCCCUGGUGACCCAGGCCCCUACCUCUUAUAGCACUGCCUGGCCUGGCCCUAGUGUCAGGUUCCGGGCUCUGCCGGCCUUGGCCUCUGGCGCUGCCAAAGCCACACAGCACUGGCUACAGUUCCCCCAUUCUCGGCCCUGACCUGUCCCAGGGCCAAGACAGCAGCCUCAUGCCUGGGCCAUGAACCCACAGCCAGGGGCUGGAGGAGGGACACACAACACGCACCAUGGGUCCAGCACACGGAGAUGCAUGGCUUCCCACCCCGGCUGCUGUACCUCCCCUGGCUUCCACUCCCAUGCACAUGCACAUACCACAUAGACACACGCCACACACCCUGCAUGCAGGUGCACAAUGCAGCUAACCGGUACCCUGCAACCAGCCCCUCAGACCCAUCCCUCGUUCACACCAUGUAGACCACUGAGCCAUGGAUGGGUGGAGCUGGGCUCCAGCCCUCCAGAAGCAGGUGCCUGAGGAGCAACCCUGCUCCCUCCACCCCCCAGUGCCAAGCAGGUGGCACUGCCUGACUGCCUGGCUGCAGGGCCACAGCACCCGCCUCCCCGGCAGCAGCCUGAUUCACGGAGCCGUCCGGGAGUCCUGCCAAUACUGUAAGUCAUUGAAGGUUAGGAGCCACGCUCCAGCCCUUGGCCCCGUCUACCACAGCCCCCUCGGGCCCCAGACUGGGCCUUGUCCCCCAAGGCAGGGGCAGAUCGUUGCCAAGGGCAUUGAGCAGGUGACAGUGACCAUGAUCUCCCCAGUUUCUAGCUGUGUCCUCCUUCAGCAGCCUCAGAUACUGAGGCUCACUGUGACAUCUUGGGGCUCAGUAUCUGAGAAGGACAGGAGGGCCCAGAGAGACAGAAGGGGAGGGCAGGUAGGGAUGGAUCCCCAGCUCCCACAAGACCCAGGGUCCAUAACUGGCAAGCAAGGACCCUGGACACCCGCUCCUGAGUCCCAGUGUGGUGGAGCCCUGGGUCCCCAUGUCCCAGAAGGGACAGAAUGGUCUCAGGGUCUCCUCUGCCAGCUUUGGGCUCUGGGCAGAACUCCCUUUCCCACCUGACCCAAAGGGGACUGGGAACUUGGGGAGUUUGGGACAGUGGCUCUGCAUGUCCAGAGUCCCAGGAGGGAGCUUGCUGGAUGGUGGGUAGCAGCUGGUACCAGAGGGCAGCCAAGGCCUCCAGGGCACUGAUGUUCACUGCCUUUCAACAGCCACUGCGCAGGCAGGGCUGGGACAGAGCCAGGCCUCAUCUGGGCUUCAAGUGCCCAGAGGAAGAUCCGAAGGCGGAGCGUGCCCCACACAAAAUCACAUUUGUGGGCAACGAACCGACACUGAGAAACGCCCUGCCGUGUGUCUGAUGUGCAGGUGUGUUCUGGGGCCCUUGGUCCUGCCCACGCAUCGUGGCUCUGGACUGUGCAAGACAGACCCAGGAGGGAAGGGAGUCACGCUGCACCUUGGUAACCUGGGUUAAACCCGAGGACAGAGGUGGCGGCCUUGCCGUGGGGACACUGGUGGCCCGAGGCUGCACUCUUCCUCCCAGCCGAGUGCCUUACUAAAUGGAGGAGUUGGGCACAGACCCUAGCAUGGCUUCAAAGGCCCAGGUCCCUCCUAUAUCAGGGCCCAGGGUUGCCCCGCCCAGCGUCGUGUGCCCCGUGCCAAGCCCACACCACACCCCUCCUGCCACAGUGCGGGGCCGGCGCAUGGCCUACCUCAGGCAGGCAAGCGCGGAGAGGCAUUAUAAACAUUUACAAUGGCGUAGACAAAACAGUCUAUUGUGGUGCCCUGCCUGCCCCCCAGCUGGCAGGAGGCUGGCAGGGCUGUCAGGCUGGCGGGGCCGGGCCAGGACGGCCCUGAGCACGCGCGCGCGCACAGAGGUGUUUUCGUCUGAAGCUGAGCUGUGGCCUUUGUCGUGUCCUCAGCCCUCCCUCGGUGCUUGAAAUUUCCUGUCUCUGUUAUUCUCCUCUCCAGGAAGACAUCUGAAACCCAAAACUUUUAUUGCCCCUUUUAAAAGGUCUUUAUGGCUCCCCAUCGACUUCCGAGUAGCCUGUCUCGCUCCAUCCUGCUCUGCGGAGCUGGGAUUGUAGUUAGGAGCAGCAUGCUGGGCGCCACCAGAGGAAUGCGCCCUGGUCUCACUGGCCAGCAGGGCAGGGCAGGCCCCAGGGGCUUGACCAGGGAGGAGCCAGGGAAGGGGAGGAGCUGCGGGAGGGCAGACCUGGGUGUCCGUGUCAGCCAGGACCCUGUGCCACCUUGGCUGGCCGGUGCCCUGACUGUGGCAGCAGAGGAUCUGUGCUCCCAGACAGCUGCCUGCCCGCCUACCUGGCAGGGUUGUGUCACCUGGACCCUCUCUGCCACCUGUACUCCUCAGCCUUCCCUUCCAUGAAGCAGCAGCCUCGAGAGGUGGCCCCAUGGGCGCCUCAGGUGAAUGAAUGUAUUAGGAAAUUAAAAUUGCAGAAAAAAGAUGUGGAGCCAGGACAGGGCUCAGCGUGGGCCAGGGAAAAGCCUUGGGACUGCGAGGCCUGAAUUCCAGCACUCCCCAGCAAGCUCCUCACAUCCCCCAGGGACCCUCCCAGAUGCCCAUCUGUAACAGUGCCCACCUUACAUGAUUGUUGUCAUCAAGACUAAAUGAGAUGGUUUCGGACCUCA